GAACACGGUAUAGCAACGGCUGAAAAACUUGCUAAAUUCUUAGAAAAACUUAGCAAUGAAAAUACCGACGUGAUCAACAAUGUGGCUACCGUACAAGUGAAUGCCAUUAGCAAAUUGCUGAAUGUUGUGGCAGCUCAUGGUGAGGAUAUCAGUGUCCUGAAUGAAACAAUCGUGCCUGACAAACACAACUUGACACAGAAGAAUAUUCACCAGAGUACAUUAGCUACACAAUCCUUUGUCAAUAUCGCUAAUGUCCUUUUGAACAGCAUGAACAAAGUAAACACAAAUAUUACGGUGACGACUGAGUUCAUGCACUUCAUUGUUGCCUGGGAAAACGUCAGUAAAGACACCAGCAUAGCUGUUAAUUCUGACAGUGCCAGUUUCAGCAUACCGACAACACAUGCCGGUCUGGUGAAGAACGAGAUUGUGGAGAGUGAGAUUGAAGUGUUCAAGAAAAACCCAUACGGCUGGACUGCAGACAGAGUUCAUGGAAACAUGUCGGUUGUGAAAGUGCGCCUUAUUAGACAAAACAAGAAAUAUGAACUUAGAACGGGGAAGGAUCUGUUUCGUUUCAGCAAACCUGCAGACGUGUUUCUAAAUUUUCAAG